AUGCUGGGCUGUUUACGAUACGUUCGAUGGCAAGGAUGUAGUCAAGGGGCCGUAUUUGGAAUCCGGGGUGGUUUUGUUAAUAACAGCCGUAUGGACAUCUACAUCUUCACGAAACACCCAGACAUUCAACUAUUCUUUGCUGAAACGCCCUUUCCCUCAAAAUCCCAGGCCAACAUCCCGUUCCAAAUCAACAUCACCGGCGGGGAUGGGCAGCCGUUUUUCAAGAUGGGGUCGAAAGUAGAGUUUACGGCGAGCGGCAUCAAGGGGCCAGUUGCGCAUAAGUUUAUUUCAUUCCAAGGCAAAUUUGGCACCGAGAAAACAAAAGCCGAAAUGAGCAUCGAGUAUUUCGACAGCCAGGGGAAAAUCAUCAAUACCGAGAAAUUUGAGGCGCACGGCGGGGAAGGGAAACUGACCCGAGGGAUCCGC